AUGCCCAUGGGUACCUCGAGCGAGGUCUGUGGGCAGGAAUGGGGGGGGGUCUGCUGGGGUUCUCCAACCUCCAGAUCAUCCUUGUCCCGGCCAGGUGCUGAGGUUACCCAGCCCCAGCAGGUGAACGGCGUCCUGGGGGAGUCCGUGCUGCUCUCCCCAACUCUGCCCCCCAACAAGAAGGUGAAGGAGAUCGAGUGGAGCUUUUCAGCUGGAACCGGCACCACCAUUCAAGUGGCAGAGUUCGGUCCCGGCGGCUUCAAGCGCCCAGACCCCAAGGACCGGUUCAAGGACCGGCUGGAGAUGUUCAACGAGACGGCGCUGAAGAUCAGGGCCCUGGAGCGGGGCGACAGCGGGGUCUACGGGGCUCGGAUUAUACUGCACCCAGCGCUGGUGGAGGAUCAGUCCUUCAACCUCUCCGUCUACGGGCCAGUGCAAGCGCCGGAGAUCCAGCACCAGCUGCUCUCCUCCAGCACCCAAGGGUGCAACGUCUCCCUGCAGUGCCGGGUGCCGGACGGCAGCGGUGCUGAGGCUGCCUGGCAGCUCGGCAGCUCCCUCUGGGCGGAAUGGGGAGAGCUCCGUGAGGACAAACGGACACUGCUCCUGGCCGUGCCCGCCACCGCCUUCAACUCCUGCUACACCUGCGUGGCCCGAAAUCCCAUCUCGGAGCGGAAUGUCUCCAUCUGCCUGGACACCCUGUGCCAGCAGCAGGGUAAAACCCCCCCCAGCACCCCAGCACCCCAUCCCACCCAACCGGGGGGGUCCUGGCACCCACCACGGCUUGUCCCCACAGAGAAGCACAGCUGGCUGAGGUGGUAUGUGUGCCUGGUGCUGCUGGGAAUGACUCUGGUAGCCCUGCUCAGCAUCGCCUGGUGCUGGAGGAAGAAGAGGAAGAAGAAAGCAGCAGAGAGAGCCACCACCGCCCCCCUGCCCAGCGAGGAUGCUCCGAUGGAGCCGCAGUAUGCCAAGAUCCAGAUAAGAACUCCCCUGGAGGCAUACGAGGAGCAAAACCACCCCACCACCAUCUACAGCGAGGUGCAGGCAGGCGCGGACAGCGGGGCCAAGCCCUUCGCCUAACCCACCGUGGCCAGCGAGU